AUGCAUACAAACCGCCAGGUACUCCCCAGUACCAAUGCAAGCAGCACUACAACUCUGGCGGAAAACGCAUGUGGCUGCCAUUCCAGAGAUAUAUCUGUCGAUGACGUCCACAAAGUCGAAGCCAUACCAUCAAACUCCCUAGACAAGGCUCCCGAUGGAGGUCUGGUAGCAUGGACUCAGGCCACCAUGGCCCAUCUAGUCGUAUUCAACACAUGGGGGUUCGCAAACUCCUUCGGUAUAUUUCAGGCCUACUACAUGGGAUAUCUGGGCCGGUCUCGAGCAGACAUAGCCUGGAUAGGCUCAAUCCAGAUCUUCCUUAUAUUCAUGAUUGGGACCUUUUCUGGCCGUGCAAUCGACGCUGGAUAUUGCCGAACAAUUCUCGUGGCCGGCCUGUUUCUGCAGAUACUAGGAGUGUCCAUGACCUCGGUGUCUCGAGAAUACUGGCAGAUAUUCCUUGCUCAGGGCGUGUGUCAGGGUAUAGGGAAUGGGUUAAUAUACACCCCAACAGUAUCGCUAGUCUCGACCUACUUUUCCAAAAGAAGGGCUAUGGCCAUGGCUAUAACUUCUGGUGGAGGUGCCACUGGCGGAAUUGUGUUUCCCCUUGUUGCCCAACAGCUUCUACCCAAAGUAGGAUUUGCGUGGACUGUUAGAGUGAUGGCAUUCAUUAUGCUCGCCAAUGCAUCUAUCGUCAUAUGUCUUAUGCGUGGAAGAGUUGCCCCAAGGAAAAGUGGCCCUAUAGUCGAGUGGUCGGCUUUCCGCGAAUUGCCAUACUUACUGUUCUGCCUUGGCUGCUUUCUUAUCCUGUGGGCUGUCUAUUUGGCCUAUUCUUAUAUCAGCACUUUCAGUCACGAUAUCAUCGGAAUUUCUCCCUCUACCUCCCUAACCAUCCUACUUAUUACGAAUGCCGUUGGCAUCCCCGGUCGUGCUAUUCCUGCUUUUCUUGCUGACCGAUAUACCGGGCCCCUUAGCAUGUAUAUACCAAUGUCGCUAGCAGCGGGGAUUUCCCUUUAUGCAUGGUCCGCAGUACGGGACUUGUCUGGUCUCGUAGCAUUCUCAGUCAUGUACGGACUCUUCGCAGCUGCAUGUCAGGGCCUUUUUAUCGCCUCUUGCUCCUCCUUGACAGUCGACCUUAGCAAGAUGGGCACCCGAACAGGCAUGGUAUUUACUAUUAUCUCCUUUGCAACAUUGACAGGACCACCUUUAGCGGGGAUGCUCAUAGAAAAGAGGAAUGGUGAUUAUCUUUAUGCCCAAAUCUUCGGCGGUACAUCGUUCAUUCUAGGAUCGCUGAUAUUGAUCGGGGCAAGGUUCGCUCACACUGGGACCAACUGGAAGUGCCGUGUGUAA